UAUCCAGGAUUUACCGUCAUUUUUUCUCAGAGUGUUUGCAAGUACUUUCAUAAGUCCGUACCCUUAACCUUUCGCGAACAUUGUCUUAGGUUACGUUCCCGGGUGGAAGGAUCUGCAGUUGAAGUGCAGUUUGAACUCAGUGGAAAAACUGCAGUAUUGGAACAGUACUAUGGAUUCAAAAGUAACUGCAAAAGUAUUAGAGUUGAGAACUCCAAUUUAUGUGCAUUGGUCACAGACUUUAAACUAAUAAUAAAUUGUUCUUCUGGUCUUCAGUCUUACUACAGAGCGCCUCUGCAGAAGGAUUUCAGUUUUGACUUAGUUUAAAUUAUAGUCACUACAAUAGACAUGAAGUACAGCAGUAAGUGCAGUUAAUGAUUAGUUCUGAGACAGUUAGACUGCAUGAUAGUGUCAAGAUUAGAGAGUGCAGAAGAAUCUGAAGAAAAACUGCAGUUUUAACUGAGUUCCCCUGCUAAUGCCCCCGGCACCAGGCCUUAUUAUGUGGUCACGUUGGGUGGAUCACCUUCUCAGGCAGGCGGCGUAGACCAGUGGAUAAGGCACUUGGUCCGCAACCAAAAGGUGCGAGGUUCGAUUCCCCGCAGAAAAAAAUGAUUUCAUCAUCAGACAAUAAGGAAGUUGACCAUAGAAGAUCGAAGGGGGCAGUAGAAUCAGACAGAAGUAGGAAAGUUGAACGUUCAAAUUCAUUUUUAACACGUACUUUUAACACUACACUUUAACUUCAUUCUUUCUUUAAGUGAAUUCUGUAGGUGUAACUAUGAUUUAUAAGUACAUUCACUGCAGUAUGAAAUUCGUCUAAACUGUAGUCAAAACUGUAGUUGGGCGAAAAAACUGGUACUUUUUCUGCAGUUUUACUACGCUUUUUGUACAAAAUUCUAUACUCUUUUUGUAGAAAAUUACGGUUACAGAAUAGUUUAAACACAGAAAAAUCUCGGCUUUUCUUCCACUUUUUUUAUAAUUUACAGUUACUUUGAACACUAAGUUAAGUUCAUUAAAACGCAAGUGAAGAAGUGCUGUUCAGACUGCAGAUCCUUCCACCCGGGUUAUGAGAGCAGUGUUAGUUAAAUGUUAAGUUAAGUUAAGGAUCCCUGGAAUAUAGUCUGAAAAAUUAAGAAUGUACGGUUUGAAUUCAAAACCAUUGAACCCACACACUAGAAAAACCUUGCGAAGUAUUAUCCGGCAUUGUAUUGCAAACUCUCUUACAAACUCUUUUCUUUGCAUUGCGAGGUAUUACUUUGCAACUUGCAAAGAAAAUGCUUUGCUACGUUUAUGCAAACUUUUUUCUUCACAACUUACGAACUAUUUUUUUUGCAAUGCGAAGAAAAUAGUUCGCAAGGGAGUUCGUAAUACAGUGAGUGCAGUUCUGAAAGAGUCUACGUCUCAUUGGCGAUCCUUCACUCCAGCGUACAAUUACGCUUCAUGCUAUUUAUUCCCCCCAAUGCAUAAUUUAGAUGAGAGGAAAGGAGCGGAGGAGCUCUUGUAUGCUACAAGAAGGGCGUAAUUGUACGCCUUAGUUUUUCCUGUGCACAGUAAAAACUCUACAAAGAAUCGCUUCGUGUUGCGAAGAAAAUGAAGGAAAAAACCGCGACAAACGCGGCGAUAUGUUUGACUUUUGUUGUUUAGAAACGUGAAAUUUGUUGCGUACCGACCCAAAUGAGUAUCUCCUCCACAACCGUGCAAGCGGAAUGGCAAUCGAACAAACCCACCCCUUUCCAUAGUCACCCACACCCCCUCGAGGGAGUUGUUUCCAAACAUGUUUUGGAACUGGCUGCAAACGAUCCAGUGGCCUCUCCUGUACACACUGGAAAGUUUUUAUUUCGAUUUCGACCACCCGCGGCCAACCCCUCGGAGGAUCUACCCCUUUUCGAAUUUGUAGCGUUUCAGUCUCAAAGGGGUUGAAUUUGGGCGUUGAAAUUCAUAGGUACUUGGAAACCCAUUCUAAUCAAAAAACCGAGUUCCGGGAAGUUUCAUCCACCGUUGCAAGGGUGGCCACCCCCUUGCACCCCUGCUCACCCAGGAGGAGCCCGCUGCGGCAACGCCUGCGGCCCAGAGAACGACACGAAGGCGGUGAUGCUUUGACAGCGCGGCUUGAGGCCUUGCGCCGAUGGGGUAGGCAGCCUAUCACACGGGCGGCACAGGUGUGCUAAUGCAUACUGGGGGCGUGCGAGCGCGCCAGGUCGGCGCUUUUCACCUGGGAGUCCAGAAGCACCGUGAAGAUGACUCGUGCUUGCGUGCGCGACCGCGUGCCUUUUUGCGGUGCUGCAGUUUUAAAAUGAAAAAUAAAGUAGUUGAAGGCACUUACACCGCAAAAAUGAAGGCAUGAUUUUAUCAAAAUAUUACAAUGACUAAAUAAUUUACCCCCAUGAAUCCUUGGAAUCUCAAACCCUGUUUCAUUCGCGGUUUCAUUGCAAACAUUUGACGUAAAAGUAUUUAAAACUGAAGUCCUGGCUGUAUAGAGGCUGUCCACUUGCUGCCGGGAAAUGGAAAUUUCAUCGUUCACGCCUCUGCACAACGGUUGUCCCCUCUGGAUCAAUCAUGCCGCAGCGGUCUAUGUUGAUGGAUGGCCUUCGAGCUCGGCUGCGACCGAUACAUUUCUUUUAUGGAAGGUGCGAAAGGCAGCCCACAGCAGGGCUCCUUUGGUUGUUUGCAGUUCAAGGAACAUGGUUCUUGGCAGGCGGUCGACUGGAAGCUCCAAGGCCCGACCUGUGCCCUGAGGAAGACUUCCUCUUCGACUUCACGUCGCUGUUCCUUCGGGGAAGAUCGGAUGCUGCCGAUGCGCUGGUUGUGUCUUUGCCGCAACACCGAGGCUCCAAUGUGACAGCUCUUGCAGGGGACUCUUCUUGCCCCGCCGUGCUGCGCCGCCUCAUAAACGAAAAUGCUCGAAAUCAUGAAAAUAUCAUUUGUUGA